AUGACAAGCACAUUAGACGAGGUCAUGAGGGCGCCGUCGACAAAUGUGCCCGAAAUUGUGGUUUUGGACUCGACGCACGAAGAAAAGAAUCGCAAGGCGUCUUUGAACCCGAAUGAAGAUCUUUGGCUAUCUUCUGCCGACGGACGUUACAACUCACCAGUCAUCCCUCUACGGGUGGGCGAGGCCUUUGAUCAUGUACAGACUUUCUAUGUACAUAAAAGUGUGUUACUGAAGUCCGAGUAUUUCCGCAAGGCGCUCUGCGGCGAGUUCAAAGAGGCAGAAACUCAAGUUAUUGACCUUCCCGAGGAGGACCCCGCUAUCUUCCACUUCAUCGUCGCUUUUCUGUACGAGGAGAAAUAUGUGCCCAUCAAGCCGAUAGCAUCAGUCCUCGGUAAACCAAUUGAUGACAAAGGCAAGGGUCUGGAAGGUGACGACACGGCAGCAUCCGAUUCCGACUCCGAUAUUGGGAGCAUACAGAGUGAUUCUUCCAGCGCGCGGAGUCGACGGCUUCGCGAGAGGCGGAGGAGGAGGGAGGACCGCCACUGGGAGAGACUUCGCCAGAAACACCCAGGUGCGCAUAGGUUCGGAUGUGGCUGUAGACAAUGUGUCAAUGGAGGCGGACCGCCUUGCUGGCACUGCGCCGCCCCCCGCCUGCCUCCGGCCCCCAUGCCCGUCCUGAACGGCAUUCCACCCGGCAUGGUCAUCGUCGAGCCCGAUCGUCGAGCACGGCACCGGCGUCGCGCAGCCGACCGACGACACCGCCUGCCCUCGCCGCCUCCCAUGCGCCCGGCCACCGCUCUGCCUACCGAUCCCAAUCGCAUCCAAGGCGAGGACCUGCGAUCGUGGCUCCUCACCUAUGAGAUGAACCUUGACUGCUACAUCUGCGCCAACAAGUUCCUCCUCGACGACUUCAAGCUCGCCAUCGCCCGCGUCUGCAUCGACAUGCUCGAAACGGCCGGGCCAGACGCUGCCCAGGCGGAGGUUUUGCAGUUGUGCUAUAAGUUGUACCAAGGCCUACCCGAGUCGGACCCACUAAUGAAGAUGGUGUUUGCGAGAGUCGGGUUCAUGCAACCUCUAUUGUGGAGGCGCGUGCCGCAGCAAACGUCGGAUUUCCUGUUGACGCACCCGGAGAUUUCGGCCCUGAUACUCAAGGAGACCGUGGCGAGGAGGGAGCAAGAUCAUGUUAACCAGUUGCCCGCUAUGGAGAGGCCGUUGUUCCCCCCGCCGCCGCCGCCGCCCGAGGGGCCCUAUGGGAGGCCGGGAGGGCCCGUUAUGGGAGGUCGGCCUCGUUGGUAA